AUGAUCGAUGUAUACAACAAGAGCAAAGCGACCAGGCGAGGAAACAAAAAGGAGGAGACACGAAAGGUCAUGCAACAUAGAACGUUCAAGAGACUGCUUCGCGACGAAGAUACAACGCCAUACCACGCGAUUUGUGUAAAACUGACAAAAGCCAUCGACUGUCAAAAGCAGGUCAUCAAGGAGUACUUGGAGGAGAAGAUUGAGUCGUUGUUCCAGGCCAUCGGUAAUGAUCUGAAGCGAUUGGGAGUGGAGCAGGCGAGCCUGGACCACAGCGAAGACCGCGAGGUUCGUGGGUCGAUUGGCAGGACGCUUUCGAAGGCGAAGGAAGAUCUUGGGACGAUUGAGGCGUUGUUGAAGGAGAGCGGCGUUGAUUGGGAUGGUAUCAAGGAUCAGUUGACGUGA